CAAACACAGUGACGUCACUCUGCAAUGGCAGCCAGCAGUACUGCAGUGUCAGUUCUGACUCCGAACGGACGAAGACAGACCGUAAAAGUCUCCCCGAACACACCUUUACUUCAGGUUCUCGAAGAAGUCUGCAAGAAACAUGGGUUUAAUGCAGACGACCACGGACUGAAGUUUCAGAGGAAUGUGCUGGAUCUGACGCUGCAGUGGAGGUUUGCCAGCCUGCCAAAUAAUGCCAAGCUAGAGGUGGUGGCAAGCACCCGGCAGCGGGGAGGGGCAGAGAGCACGGUGCGGAUUGCGCUGCAGUUGGAGGAUGGGUCUCGUCUCCAGGGUUCUUUCUCCGGUGGCCAGAGCCUGUGGGAACUGCUUGAGCACUUUCCUCAAACCAGGAUAUCUGAGCUGGAAGUGCCGGGACCUACACCAGUGUGUGUAUACAUGAGAGAUGAGAUCAGUGGGAAGGAAGCUCUUCAGAAGACCACUCUGAGGUCACUGGGGCUGACCGGAGGCAGUGCCAUAGUGAGGUAUGUAGUAAAAGGGGGUAAUGCUCUUGGGCCAGGUGAGCCCAUGGAAACAGCUGCCACACCAACUGACACUGUUGCCACAGCGACCGCAUCCCAACCACCUCCUGAGCACCUUGAGGCACCCAGUGGGGUGUCCACUGCUGUUAACUCAGCACUUCCAGAUAAGCCAGAAGAGCCUGCACCUGCCCCAGUUCCCAUGGAAACCCCCAGCCCACCCUGUCAGAGCACUGAAACCGCUGUUCACAUAAGCCAAGCACUUCCUGCCCAACAGGAAGAGGAAGAGCCUCCUCAAGACCAACAGCAAGCUGUACGGCCCAAAAUCAGGCAGGCCGUUAACCAGGGGCAACAGCAGUCAAGGGCAGAUCCACAGGUGGAUGAUGAACAGCCAGGGCCAUCCCACGCCAACUUACCCACACAUAGUAACUUUGUACCUUUCUCUGGCGGUGGACAGCGGCUGGGAGGAUCUAGUGGUCUUCCUCAUUCUUCAUCCUCCUCCUCCUCUUUAUCACCACUCUCCAGUGGACCACCAAAAGCCAAGAAGGCCAAACCAAGCCAUGAAGUCCAGAGUUCGACUAGUGCCAAGUUUGGAGCAAAGGAUUCAGAGGAAGGAGAGGAAUAUCUGAAGCCACUGGACAGGGAGCCACUCAUCUACCACCUGGACACAGCAGUCCGGCGUAGUAGUGGUGAUGAGGAGUUGACAGAUGAAUUCUUCGAGGUGACUGUGGAUGAUGUGAGGAAGAGGUUCUCGCAACUGAAGAGUGAGAGGAGGGCGUUGGAGGAGGCCCCACUGAUGACUCAGGCUCUGAGGGAGGCUCAGAUGAAAGAGAAAAUGGACCGGUAUCCCAAAGUGGUGCUGAGAGUCCAGUUUCCUGACAGGAGAGUCCUCCAGGGCUUCUUCAGACCACAAGAAACAGUUGCUGCACUGAAGCAGUUUGUCAGAUCUCAUCUACAGGAUCCAGAGCUCCACUUCUACCUGUUCAUUGCACCUCCCAAGACUGUGCUGGACGACCCCAACGCUACUCUUUUUCAGGCCAACCUCUUCCCUGCUGCUCUCGUGUACUUUGGCUCGGACGUGAAGACAGAGUCCUACCUGCACCAUGAUCUUGUGGACAGCAGUGUGUCUGCCCUGCAGGCUGAUGAGCUCAUUGCUGGCUGCAUUCCCAGGUCCCCUGCUCCGUCCUCCAGCACUCUGCCCCCUGAAGACUCUCUCCCUUUAGAAUCCAGUGAAUCCUCCAGCACCCAGCAGAGCUCAGAGGACACUUCAGACCCUCAAAGCCAGGCACCCAAACCCGCACGCACUGACCCGGCCAAGGUACCCAAGUGGCUUAAACUACCAGGUAAGAAAUAACAUGGAGUCACCAAGUUACUGGAAGAUGUCUUAAAAGAGGCCUGAAGAAGAGAUUCCUCUGCAGCAGAAAGCCUCCUCAGAUGAUGAUAAUGGAAAUAAUAGCAAAACCACUGUAUCAGAAAUUGGUUCACAGUGCAAAUAGCGCCAAAUUCACAGUUUUAGAAUAAAAUCCUGAGAUGCUUUGUUAAUUAAAGCUGACGUCUAUUGCCAAA